AUGGCGGGCACGGGAACGAUGCAGAUGGACCCAUUGUUUUUAGCGAUGAGCUUCUAUCGGCGAAGAAAAUUCGAAGAAUGCGCAGAAGUUUGCACACAAUUGCUAAAGAAGAAUCCGUACGACCAGGUAUUCUAUUUUCAGGGAGAUCAGACAAAAAUGUGAUGAUUUUCCCCCUGUCAUUUCUUCAGUUGUUUGCCGUUACUCAAUGGCAAUGCAACUUUCGGUAGAGACGUUUGGUAUUUUGGCAUCUUAUAAAGGAUAUUUAUUUUCUCCUUUAGAAGAUUAAAAAUUCACUUUCUGUCUAUUUUUUGCUUGAUCAGGCGUCAUGGUGUUUGAAAACACGAGCGCUCACAGAGCAAGUCUAUGUCGAUGAAGUUGAUGUCGAUGAAGAAGGAAUUGCUGAAAUGUUGAUGGACGACAACGCUGUUGCCCAGUUACCGCGUCAGUAAAACAGUUUUGGCGCUUUAUAUUAGUUUUUCUUUUAACCCUAGAAGCGAUAAACAAAAUAUUUUCCCUCCCCCGUGGGCAAGCAAAAAUGUCCCAAAACGAUUACCGUAUUGAAGAAAAAUUUGGAAAAACAGAGAGUGGUAAAAAAAGGUUAGAUCAUAGUAUUUGUUUUCAACCAUGCAUUUCACCAGAGAGGUAUGAGACACUAGAAUUCAGUUUUCUAAUAUUCAUGAUCUGCCCACAAACAUCUUAAUAAAUUAUUUGCUAAACAAUAUUGUUGUUCUUAAUACUGCUGAGAGGAGUGGGGAGCAAUUUGAUUUAUUCCUAGUAAUUAAUUAUAGCAGGUAAUCUGACCUAGUACAUUGGGAAACUGUGUGUUAGCUUGUCAAGUGUUAAGUGGGUCUAUAAAAUGCAUGGAUUGGAAACACUCUUGAAAAUCCUCAUACCAGCAAUUUGUAGGAUAUUUGCCAUUUUUAGAAAUGAGCAGGAAACUGGAGGCAGCGUGACUGAGUGGUCAGGGUGUGGGACUCGCAAUCCAGUGGUCCCAGGUUUGACUCCCACUCUGGCCACUUGCUGGUUUUGUUCUAGGUUGUCCUGAGUUCAAAUCAUCAGCCACGCUUGUAAAUAGGCAACUGGUGCAGCCUCCCGCUAGUUGAAGUUUUUAGUCCUGCUGUGAUCUGUUUGCAUCAUUUGUCUCAGAAAUAUUUGAGUGGAGUGCCUAUAAACUAGAUGGAUAUACUAAGUGCACUUUCCACUUUAAACAAACCUUUAACCUUUAACCUUUUAACGCUUUAAGUCCCAAUAGUGACCAAAAGCAGUUUUCUCCUAACGAUAUUCAUACAUUGUCGUGAGAUGAGGUUAUGAGAAUUAAUAAAAUGUUCACCCAAGAGAAAAUACUUUGAUCUUUUAUCAAAUUCUCUUAAAUAAUUCUUAAAGGAAAUGUAUAGAGAUCAGUUUGGAGAAUUUGUAUGUGGAUAUUGGGGCUUAAAGGGUUAACUGGGCUGAGAUAACUGGAACUGUUAGUAGGAAUAGGGAAAAAAAUGGGCCAUAAGCUGACCGGGGCAUCCCCAGUAACGAUCCCAGGAGCAAUAAUUGCAGGAUGCAUUUCAGCUCCAGUUCUCUUCUUAUUUGUAAUGUGGUAAAUACCUUAAAUACUCUUUAGCUAAAAAUGUUAAUACAUGUAAGCAUUCCCCUUUAACACUCCUCGUACUGAAUGUACGGUACACAAUAUGUAGUAAUAAUAUAGUCCUUCUAUGUUAAAGCACAACAAGGACUAAAAGAGAUAUGCAUUGUUAAACAGCAGUGAUAAAAACUGCCAUGGAAAUUAAAGGAAUGGGAUAUUUCUACAAAUACACAUGUUGAGAUCGAUCGAUCGAUCUUUGCGUCCUACGGGAUGCAUGUGCCAUGAACUAUUUUGCAUCUUUGAGGAUUUUUUAUGCAUCAGGGAUGUACGAUGCAGAGGUAACAAAAUCACCAAUAUUACAUGAAGUACCAGCUUUUUGCAAGGAGGCGUGCUAAUAGAAAAGAUUUAUAAAGAAUGCUCUCUAAUUAUAACUGUACUAAUUAUGGUGAAUGAUUGUCAAACAGGUCCUGGGACAUCAUUAAAGAAACCGGGGACAAGUACAGGACAUGGAGCCCCAACUCCAGGAGUCAGGUAAAUUACUAAAGUGUUUACACUCCUAAAUGUUUUAGAAUAAAGUAGACUCUUACAGUUAUAAGUCUGCAGGGUUCGCGUUGUCUUGAAAAGUCCCUGAACUGUAGGGGAAGUCCUUGAAAAGUCCUUAAAUUUCAUUUUUCCUUGAAAAGUCCUUAAAGUUCAGUGCAAGUCCCUGAAAAAUCCUUGAAUUUUCCUCAACUUUAAAUGUCCUCAAAUUAGUAAGGGGUUGUUCCCAAGCGAUACGGCUCCGACACAUUAAUAAAGUUUUCAAUUCUAUUCAAUUCUAUGUAGUGGCCUGGAAAGUGUUUUUUGAUGCUUUCCAGUUGUCCAAGACAGAAUAUAAAUCAUAGCUCAGAGAAUUUAAAGAUUAUUUACACAAAGAGUUUAAAUUAUCAACCAUCAAUUUAAGACAAGUGAACUGAAAAAUGUAGAGAAGCUGGUGAAGCAAACAGUUCAAGCCUUAAAGCCUUAUUUAUAAAGUAGACUGGGAAUGUGCAGUUAUGUACUAUCUGUGAAAUUAUAUUUCUAGUAGGUGUUCCUUGAAAAUCUAAUGUGGCCCUUGAAAAGUCCUUGAAAAAUAGUUGCAAUUUUUUGUAUGAACCCUGGUCUGGUCUAUUCUGUGGUAGCAUAUCCUUACAAAUCCUUGCUUGAUAAUCAGUAUUUUCAAGAGAUGCUAUGUCAUUCCAGGGCUUGAAAUAAUUUUCUGGCUGCUGCGGGUCAAGUUGUCCAGUCAAACCUAAGUGUCGAGUCAUCCAAGGAUUUGACUGGACAAGCUUAAAAUAUAAUUUUGAACAGACAUUGUCUGUUGAUCUUCUGUUAUUUCAAGCUGUGCCUGCUGAUUCUAGUAGUAUGCAUUCUGUUGUAGUCUUAAAAACCUGGACAGUCUUUGGGGUAAUUGAGCGGUUACAGUAUUAAAACUGCCCGUGUGCUCUCUCUGGGGAGGCCCCAGAUUCAAAUCAGUGCUUGGGACACAUGAUGGGGUUGCCACCUACUUGCCAUUUGAUAUUUCUUGGUGUUGUUUCCCAGACCAAUGUCACAGGCGGGACGUCCAGUCAGCGGAUUUGUCAGACCAGGAACACAAAGUGGAAGACCAGGAACUAUGGAGCAGGCUAUCAGGACUCCUCGCACUGCACAAACGGCCAGGUAUGCACAUACACCCAGACAAUAAUUCAGUUAACUCUUCCAGUCAUCAUUGUGACAUCUUAGGAUUAGGUGAAAGGAAAGGUAGGUGAGCAGUGGAACAAGAUUUUCAUGGAGAUUUUCAGGUCAAUGUCACGUGGUUUUUUUGCUUCUUUCUCUGGUGUCCUUGGCUGAAUUGUGCUCAUUCUGGUAUGGUUUGAAAGAUCUUUUCACUCUGCACAAGUUAGCGAAGAAAGUUGUCCUUGACCGUUAAAACUGAUGACGUCACAAAGGGUAGAAAGGACCUGGAUCCGCACUGGCGGUUACGGGCGGUUCAGGGGCGAAUGGGUUAAAGUGGUCACCUAUCGCAAAAUGCCCAUCACAAAAAUGUUAUGAAACUCGGAUAUAAAGUUAUAAAGGAGAAAUAAAGACAAUAAUACUUAUAUUUUCUGUUCCAAAAAGUCAAAAUUCAUGAAGAAGACAAACAUUUUGGCUAAUCAUGUUGGUAACCAUGGUGACACCAAUAUCCUCACACGUGAAAGAUAAAAAUAGUAUCUUCCCUGCGCGCAGUGAAUAUAUGAUUUUUUAGUAAAAGGAAAAAUCCUGGUAUUUCAUCAUUAUCUACAUAAUAAAAGUGUCUUCAUCUUGAAUGUUAACUUUUGCUUCAACUGUGGGACUCACUGACAUUAUCACUGUGCUUUGUCAAGUUCUCUUGAGUUCAUUCUCUGCACUUCCAAUAUUGGUGACAGAUGUGACUUUGUCAGAUUGUUCUAUAGCUAUGAUACUACUUUAUGUUUGGAUGGUCUGACUGUCUAACCAGUGAGAAAUUAACAUCACAAUAACUUACCAAAAUACCAACAAUAAGAUUAAAGACUUUAAAAAAUCUUGAUUUGGGGCAAAUUAUUUGACUAUGAUGAAAUUAUUAUAAUUUAGUGAAAUCCUGUGUCCUUAACCAAGUUACUAAUUUUUUUCUCAAUAGCAUCCAUUUUCUUUUUCUUUAAUUGUUCAUGCUUAAAAGUAAAAUGCAUGUAGUACCAGACAUUUUAGUGUCGGAGAAAAACUGACCAUGCAAUCUAAUUACGCAUUAAUUCUUGCUUUCUAUUUGACCAUCAAUAUUUGACCAUGGCUUUAUUUUUUAGACCAGUCACGAGUGCAUCUGGCCGACAUGUUCGUCUUGGCACUGUAAGUACACAUUGUAUAAUGUUUGUUUUGUGCUACCAUUGAUGUCUUGAAAUGACUUCCCGUAGUCAAAAGCCUACCAUGUAAUGAUUCAAUUUAGCGCCCUCCUUUUAAUAAGCGCCCCCUCGCAAAUAAGCGCCCUCCUUCAAAAUUUUAUAUGUUUUUGUUAAUAAUCACCGCUAUUCCAUUAAACACCCCCAUUCUGCUAAGCGCCCCUAUUCUAAUAUUAUAACAUUAGAAUAAUAUGGGUAUGUAUUAACUGAGGUUCAUCCUCCUUUAAUUGCUCACAAACGUACAGUAAUGCCACAUUUCAAAACAAGGAUCCUUUUGAAGGGAUCACUUUGAAGAUACUGCACAAGAAGGCUUUUAUUUAAGGUAUUGAUGUAAGUGACACUGUCAAAGCUAUCGGCUUAGAGAUAGAUUCAAAUUCCCUCAAGUUAAGUGAACAUUCACUGUAUAUUUGUUACUGUUGCAGUUUCUGUUAUUGUUCCUUUUAAAAUAAAUAUUAAAGUUUUGUUUUGAACAUUUGUUUGUUUCUCAAAAAAGAAAUAAGCACCCUGUCCCAAAUAAGUGCCCUGUCUUGAAUAAGUGCCCCCCCCCCCGGCCCCCUUGAGUUACCAAAAGCAAAAGACCACCCUGGGUGCUAAACUGAAUCAUUACGGUAAUCCCUUUAGUGAAACUGCAAAAAUGUCUUUUUGUUUUUCAGGCAUCCAUGUUGUCACAGCCAGAUGGACCAUUUAUAAAUAUUUCAAAACUGAACUUGUCAAAAUACGCACAAAGACAAAAUCUUGCAAAGGUACAAUGUAACAACUCAAAAUUAUAACAUACAACCACUAUUUAAAAUUAUUGCUUUUGUUUAUUAUGUUUAUUUGUUUUGGAAAGUCAACCACUACAUAUUUGGUAGUAGGUUUCAUCUUUGCUUUAAAGCUGUUUGAUUUAGCCUGAGGUGAUUGUCAACUAAAUACACAUAAUUUCUAAUAUAUAAAUUGUUUUUAAAACUUACUUAUAUUUUAAAGUUCUUUUUUCUGUCUUUUCCAGGCCUUGUUUGAGUACAUUUUCCACCAUGAAAAUGAUGUUCGAAAUGUAAGUGUAGCUCUUUCAUGAAAAGUGUGUCUUAUUUUGGAGUGUUCUAGUCUCAAAAUUUUUUAUGUCAUAACAAAUAAACGUUUUUGUUGGUAAAAUGUUCCUACAUAUCCAGAUAUUUCCAGUAACUGCAAGUGGAUAAAGAAAUUCUCAUGAAAGUCAUCACAAACCAUCCUCAAAAUAAUUAGGUCACCAAUACAAAUGCUUCAAUUGUUAAAAUGUGAAAUAUUUUGAAAAUAGAAAAUAUUUAUUGAUUAAGCAAUGCUCCUGGAAUUUUGGUCAUAGUACAAACUUACUGAAACACCACAAAGUUUACAUGUUUGGUGAACAAAAGGAAGUUAUGGUUAGAAUUUGUUGUUUUUGAAGGAAACAUCUUUUGUAACAUCAUUUGAUCGAGUAAAGCGUUAUAACUGUCUUUCUCAGUCAUGUCCACUUUCCUUCCAAAAAACUCAUCUUUAGUUUACCUUAAGUUUGGUUUUGUAAAAAUCAAAAGUACAUUUUUUUCGAAUUUUUCCGAAUAAUUUGACUGCAUUUUUUAUGUAAACUGAUUAUUUCUGUUAGGCAUUAGAACUUGCAGCAACAGCAACUGAAGAAUGUCAGUUUAAAGACUGGUGGUGGAAAGUUCAGCUGGCCAAAAGUUAUUACAGGUGCAUACAAAUUUAGAUAUUACAUGACCGUUUUCAAUGUUCAUCGGUUUGUGGGACAUAAACUUUCCCUCACUCGCGUCUUUCGCUGGCUGUACUAACUCUCGAUAAAAAAAGAGAUUACACUGUUUUUGUAGUAUGUUUUUUCCCUCUUAUUUCAUAGUCUCCCACGUUCGUCACUCAGCUCUCGAGAGUCGGUGAAAGAUAAAAAAUGCCUGAACAAACGCAGGGACCUUCGUGAACCACUCCCUUAUUUGGCUUAAACGGGUAUGUGCCACACUGAACAGGUUAUGGUUUGUGGGGUCUUGAUUCUUAAACAGGGUAUACAAUUCCACUAUCUAGUGUCUUGACUAGAGUGUCUCUCUGGACCAGAAGCAUUUAAAAGAGUGUGAAGGUUGGCGAUGAGCGGUCUACAUGUAUAAUUUGAUUUUAGGUAAAAAAAAAAAUUCCUAAAAUUUGUGCGCGAAACGAAAUGAGUCAGGGUCUUGAACGUGUUUGAGGGGUUUGAGGGCCUUGCGGCAUACCUCUCCACAUACUCCCCUUGGGCGCCUGCCCCGGCGGGAGGGGGAGGGGACACAGACCAGUUCUAUUGCGUCCUUUUCAGAGAGAGGUGUCCUUCUGGAAACAGUUUUCUUAUAACACUUUCGUUUUGCAUUCAGACUUGGUAUGUAUCGCGAUGCAGAGAGACAGCUCAAGUCAGCGCUUCGUGACCAAGAAGUUGUGGAUAUUUAUUUGUAUCUUUGUAAAGUGUACAGAAGACUCGAUCAACCACUUACUGCCGUUGAAGUUUAUAAAAAGGUCAGACUUGUCAGUUCUUUGUUAAUUCUGUCUCCUUUUUGUUUGUCUGAUAAAUAAAUAAAGUUUUUAAAAGGGAAAUUUAAGCUGCGUUUGAUUUUUUCGGCUGAUGUUGUUAUUUUUCACAAGUUAAUCUCCUUCCUCUUGUCUCGGUAUUUCUGGCUUUAUUCCCAGUUUUAUGGACGUCAACUUCAUGUCGAUCCUUAAAACCUCAAAGGAAACACAACAAACCGAAAGAAAAGAGAAGAACUUGGCUUAUAUCUAACCACCUUGACCUAACAAGCUUGGUCAAUAAUGCAUAUUUCCAGUUUUCAUUUCAAUACGGUUAGGUUUAGAACUUUGCAUCAGUAAAAGUAGUUAGUGAUUCAGUGAUUCGUUUUUGUCCUUCAAUUUAAAGAUACGGUUGUUCUCAUUAUUGCAGGCCUUGGAGAAAUUUCCUGGCGAAACUACGCUUUUAACAGGAAUAGCUCGCAUUCACGAGGUAAAAGAGCUGUUGAUUUUUCAAGGUCAUGCCCAUCUGGGGAGGGGACGGCUGCGAAGUUCUCUCUCUCAGUCUGAUAGCAUUUGUUUUAAAGUUCGUCGUUUUAAAAACAGUCGAUAAGUGUUCGACUUUGACGCAGAAAUCUACUUGACUUCCAUGUUAAAAAUAAUAAUGUGUGAAAUCUUUUGAAAAGGUCUUGAGCAUGAGUGAAAUGAAUCCUUGUUCUUUUUAUGUUGAUGCUUUAGGAGUUAAAUGACAUGACGAAUGCGGUCAAACUCUAUAAAGAAGUGUUACAUUAUGACAACACUCAUGUCGAGGCCAUCGCUUGCAUAGCUACGCACCACUUCUACACAGAUCAGCCAGAGAUAGCGCUCAGAUUUUAUCGGUGAGUCUACAGGUUUUUGAUCCACUUCCACAUUUCACUUUGGUGGCUAUCAGACUGUUGUUAUUUUAUCUACAAAAAUCGCAUAAUAGCUGAGUGAUAGAGCCUGGUAAGGUGGCUCCAACUUUAAUUUGUGUCUUUUGACGAAGUCUUAUGGCGUGACCAUUCAAAUAAAAUCUCUUUGAUAGUACUUUAAAAUGGUCCUAUUUGUUUUUCGGCAUUUUACAAAAUGAAAUUUGAAUUUUUUGUCUGAUUUUGACUAUGGCCAGUUCUGCGAGUGGAAGUCGGAUUUUAAUAAAUUGCGCGCUAGACUUUCUAAAAGUCCGUUUUGUAAAGUUCAUUGCUUGUCGCUCCAAAAAGUCCACUUGUGGCUAAGUCUAACUGCGCGCUUAUACAUGCGUAUAUACAGUGCAGCUAAAUUUUAGGGUGUUAGUGAUUUUAUAACGUGUUUUCCAACGAUUGUACAGUUGUGGCGUCAAGUGAUGAGGGCGCAUGAUAGUAUUGAUUUAUAAAGGUGCUUUAAAUGGUCAAAACUGACGAUGUCUUGACGAUGCUUUGCACGUGCCCCACAUGACACGCGUACUUUAUCUAGUUGUCCUGUACGGCACUAGGUCUACUUAACCAUUUCUUGAACUCUCCCCAAAGCACCAAACAAUGUUUCAAUGUUUUCUGAGGAACGUAAUUAUUACACUGAAACAGGAAUAUUGUUCCAAAAAGACUGUGUAAAAAGUACUCGACUUUGAAUGCUUUUUGCGUUAAAUAUGACAUUCAAGCAUACCGUAACCCUUUCUACUCAAAUACAACUUAUCAACUAUUAUUGUCGCUUUUUCGUCGUCUUUUUUUUUCCAGUCGCCUUCUUCAGAUGGGCGUGUACAACGCGGAGCUGUUCACCAAUCUUGGGCUCUGUUGUUUCUUCGCUCAGCAGUAUGACAUGACGCUUAACUGCUUCGAAAGAGCGCUGAGUUUAGCUUCAGACGAGAACAUGGCGGAUGUCUGGUACAACAUUGGACACGUCGCUGUGGUAAAGUAGUUUAUAUGUAUAUAUAUAUUUUGUUUUUCCGUUAGAAAUAUCAUUAAAGGCAGUUUAAAUAGUGUUAUGGUUAAUAUACUUGGUUAGUCCUUUCCACUGAUUUUAAAAAGAAAAAAAAAAUGAGGCGGUGAUCAGGAAAGUCUUGAUUUUAUAACGUUUUUCACCACUACGCUUGGUGAUUUACUAAAAACAAAAGGGAAAGAGCUCACAAUGAAAACGUAAUGUUUCUGUUGUGGUUUCUGAUUUAAGAAGGUUAUCUCUUUUAGUUACCAUAGCGCUUAUAUUGAUAAACUCAUCUUUAUGUAUACCACUGAAUAGUUAACUUCUCUUGUACAUAGACAGUCUAUAGAUCGUUUAAUGAUGUAGAUUUAAUUAUGUAAUUUACACGGUGAUUUAUACAGAACGUUGUUUAAAAUGUUCUUUUUAGGGUAUUGGCGAUAUCCAGCUUGCCUACCAAUGUUUCAGAUUAGCGCUUGCGUCAAAUAACGACCACGCAGAGGCCUACAAUAACCUUGGGGUCCUGGAAAUGAGAAAGGGCCAUACAGAGCAGGUACGUAUAUCCCGACCCUUCCCUAAGGACCUUGUUUGAAGGGUUUGUUUUCUCCCCAUAAGAGGGACCCUGAUUUGGAGACUGUAACACUUAACACUGCAAGCUCUUGAAACGCCACAAAAUAGAAGAAAUGGAAGCUAGUAGAAAUACCUUACUCAGAACCCUCAGGUGGGCCAAAAGUGAAGACGCCGUCAUUCGCCUCUAGGGUGCAGCUCCACGGCAAAUUUCUCACAAACCACACUUCGAUCGAUGGUAACUACAUUUGUGAGGUUGGAUGGCUUCACAAGGGUUUUGGGACCCAGGUAUUUCCGUUUGUUUUUCCACGCAUUAUCUUUUUGGUGGGCUCUUCUAAAGGCCCAUCCAACCUCCCCGGAUCCGCCCCGGCAUCUUCAAGUGAUCAUUCAGACACUACUGGUCACAUUCAUGUUGUUGCAGAGCCGGUCAAAAUAACCUUUAAACCAUACGGCUUGGGACGGCGAACAAACAUGACGAAUGAGCGAGUUAAUAUUUCGUUUGUACUUUUAUUGAAACAUUUCGGCUCAAAUCGGUAUUUUGGAGUAAAUUGUAACCGCCGUAAUGUUCAUUUGUAUUUGUUCUUUUGAAUGCAAAAGAUCGAUACAAUGGCGAACAACAUGAGCUACAAGAAGAGAGGGUGAUCUGACUGUGUUUACACUUUAUGUCAUAUAAAACGAAGACUAAUACAGUUACCCUUUCUUGCAGAAUGUCUUUUGACUAGAGACUAAUAACUUCUUGUUUACGAGGCCUUCAGAAUUAUGAUCUUACUUACUUACUUACUAACGGACUUGCAAAACAAGGCGAUGGCAUAGUGAUUGCCGUUUCUAUGGCAACCAUAAUCACAAAAAUACGAAAAAAAUAUAGGGGUGUGUACAGAAUUAUGGGUGCUCACUGAUGCAAGUAAAAUUUCAGUUUUUCUUUGACGGGUUUUUUCAAAGGUUUCGACCGGAAUUUUCCCAUCAAAUUUGCAAGUAAAAGGCGGAACGCCAAACUGAUUCAGCAAAAUUAAUGUGGUGUUGUGUGUUCCCUACAGCGGGACCACCGGAACCGUUGUACUGAGAAACAUACCCUUUUGUUCUUUUAUCGCCAAAAUGACGCGGAAAAAUCAGUUUAAUAACGUUUACACCUGCGGCAUCAGGCCUCAUUGACUAUUUUCCAAUUCCCCAUAAUAUACUCUGUCUGCCCCCCAAAUUUUGCAUAACUUAUUGUCUUAAAAUGCUCUUGGGAAAAUGCAAUACUCCCAGGAGCAUUUAAAAACAAUGGUUUAUGCAAAAUUUGGGGGGCAAACAGAGUGUAUUAUGGGGAAUUGGAAAAUAGGGAAUAGCCCCCAGCAAUCUCUAUGCUAAUGGGAUAAGGGCGCGCACAGGACGGAAAUUACGUUUUACUUAGAUCGCAAAUACACAAUUGUCUAAUAUUCAGUUUUACAAUUCUUUAUUGUUGCUUUGCUUUAUUAGGCCCGUGCGUUCCUUCAAGCUGCCGCUUCUCUUGCACCGCACAUGUACGAGCCGCACUAUAAUCAUGGGCUGCUGUCACACAAGGUAUGCGUUGUUUUUGUAGAGUGAAACUAGUAAAAACACAACAUCCAAAAAGGUUCCUUCCUCUUAGGCCUUAGUUCUUUCCGGACAUCUUGAACGGGACACAGGGAAGCAAGACUGUUUUUCUCAAGAUCUCAGAUGAAGCUUAUAAUUGCGGUGAACAUGUUGCUAAAGUUGGUUUCCUGUUGGGUGUCCCGUGGUACUGUGGAAAAUAUCGAGAAUGGCAGCCGUUGUUUUUGUCACGCAAAUGUACUUUGUCUUGCACGCCAGCCGCGCGAGGGAGCGUCUCCUCUCACGUGCCGCUCGCACGAGACUCCAGGUGGAGAGCUUGCUCGCACACUACAUCCUUGCCUUCGUGAAACCUUUCACGUUCUUCGUUGUCUCAUAAUCAUGUGAUAUCACAUACGCUCGUGGUUGCUUGUGAACCAUGUGAUAUCACACGCGUUCCCUAUUGCCACAAAAUCAUGAUAUCACACACGAACUGAAAUCUUGACCCCACUUGACUUAACCCAUUCGGACCUGGCGAUUUCGCCAAAAACGCGUUUUGAAGCUUUACGACAAAGCCGUUCACAGGUCAUACUCUUUGUGGCCUUCUGAUCCAGAUGCAAAAUAUUAGCUUGCAAAGUUCGGGCAUGCGCAGAAGGCAAAAUUUCGAGUUAUGGGGUUUAAAAGUGACACCGCAGUCUUGACUUUUACUUUUCGCUUUCUCUCCUCCCUUAUUUUUUCGCUUUCCUCGCCUCAUUUUUUCCUUUUGUUGGGCAUUUAGUAGGCUUUAUUUUGGUGGGAAAAGUUUUUAGGAAAGCUCUUAGGAUCUUAGGAGUAGAUGAAAGGAAAGGUAGGUGGGUGGUAGAACAAGAUUUUCAUGGCAAUUUUCGGGUCAAUGUUACAUGGUUUUUUGCCUUUUUCUCCAGUGUCUUUGACUGAACUGUGCUCAUUCUGGUAUUGUUUUAAAGAUCUCUUCACUCUGCACACGUUAGCGGACAAAGUUGUCCUCGACCGUUAAGACUGAUGACGUCACGAGUGGUAGAAAGAACGUGGAUCCGCGCGGGCGGUUACGGGCGGCUCAGGGGCAAAUGGGUUAAUGAAUCUGUAAUCACUACUGGGGGUGUGAAAUUCGGAAUUUCAGAUUACAACAAAAACGCGAACUCCCAUAAAAGGGGAUUACACUUGAAAAAUCUGUCCUUGACUUUGUAGUGUCUUUCCGUUUUAUUGGGAAACCCGCAAAGGGAUUUGAAAACCUGUUCCCAAGAACGCAGUGGUCUCACACGCACACGCACACGCAUAAUUUGCAGAGAAACGACCACUGUUCACGAGAAUAGUUUUGCAAAUCCUUCUCGGAUUUCCCAAUAAAACGGUAAAGAAGGAAAUCCAUGAAAUCCGGAUUUGGAUUCCUAAAUUGGAAUCCACCCUGAGUACGAAUUUCUGGAAGAUGAAAUCUGUUUUCUUGUUUUUGCGUUCUAUUGCGAAACUUGCAAUCUGGGUUUCGAAAUCCAAACGCACCCUGGUAUGUAAACAAGCCGUUUUCAGUGUCGUCACGCAACGCUCCUCCCCAGGAGCGUUGCGUGACGACACUAAAAACGGCUCUUUAAUAGAAGACUAACCCUGGUAAUGACCUCCUUAUUUUUGGUGUUUGUAGAUCGGCGACCUUCAGAGCAGCCACGGAUCGAUAAGUAAAUCUCUGGAGGGUUACCCAGAUCAUUCUGACAGCAAAGAUGUUCUCAAACAGCUCAAGGAAGACUUUGCUGCUUUGUGA